AUGGCUCAACGACGCGCCAACGCUGCUGCUAAUCGUCUGCGCCGAGCCGACUCCGCCAAGAGCACCGGUGAUGACUUUGACUUCCUCACCGCAUCGCAAGGCUCGACCGGCAGCGACGACCAGACGUUUCAACUCGCUGUGGCGCAGCAGCUUAUGGCGUCAAAGGAGAAGAAACGCAAAGAACAAGAACGCAAAUUUAUUCAAGCGGCCAAGAAUAAGCUGAACAACGAGCUUGGAGCUAGCGCGGAAGCCGCCGUUGCUGCUUACACGGACCUUGAAACCGCCUUCACGCAAUUCUUCGCCGACUACAUUACCUCUGAAGACGCAAUCCGCGCCAUCUGGGCCGAGCUCAAGGCCGCCACUAUCCACUACCAGCAAGUUGCUGACAAGCUGCGCGCGAAAAACGAAGGGCUUCGCGGGACGACAGAGGCCGCUCAGAUCUCGGCUAUGGGCGGUGUGAAAGGCGCCUGCCAGGAAUAUCGCACCCUCGUCGAUUCGCUCUCGCCCUCGUCGCCCUUGUGA